AUGGCUAUGUCUAAGAAAUUAAUUAAGGCUGUUAUUUUAUAUAUGGCUCUUAUAAUGGUGUUCUUCACUCUUGCAACAAUCAAGACCAAUGCACAAAUUGUGAUAAGCUACGACGCUCUCCGUGCAGAUCAUGCAUGGGGAUGUAAUCCGAAGUAUCCUGAAACUUGUGUCAAACAAAUGGCCAAUCCUUAG